AUGAGAAUAACAGAUGUGAAGACCCCAGAACCCAAUGCAGUGAUAGUGGGAGCCCCUCAUAAUGAGAAUAACAGAUGUGAAGACCCCAGAACCCAAUGCAGUGAUGAUCAAAAAGCACCUAUUGAGCCUUCUCCCCUGGAAGCUGCUUUACAAAAUCACAAGCAUUCCAUGCUGAAAAAGAAUGUUAAGAUUCGGGGGAAGCGGGACACUUCCUAUACUUGCUGUGAGAUGCUGGAGAUCCGAUACACAGAACUAUUUAUCACCGAUGAAGAUCCUGUAGGGUUGUCGGGAGAACAUGAGUAUUUUGUGUUGGCCAACCGAAGAGCUCGUAUCUACGAACAUAACAAGCAUCAAAAAAUCAAUCUUACAGACAUUUGCUCCUCCCUGGAAGGAGGGUCUAGCGGUCCAAAGAAAGUUCUGGUCACUGGGAUAGCUGGGAUUGGAAAGACAUCCGCCAUGCAAAGACUUUUGCACGAGUGGGCAAUCGGGAAAGCCUUCAACAACAUCAUUUGCGCUGUUAAUUUUGUCUUCCGGGAGCUGAGUUUGUUGGAAGGACCCCUAAGUCUUCUCGACCUAAUAAAAAAGGACCAUCCUCUACUGAAUGAUAUUUCCGAGGAUCUCUGUAAGCACCCCCAGGGAUUGAUGGUGGUCCUUGAUGGGCUGGAUGAAUUUUCUCAUUCAUUAAAUGACGGGACUUUGGUGAAACGGCUCAGUGAUCCUGCGCCGAUAAAAGAUUUGAUUUACAGCCUAUUAAAAGGCUCUCUUCUGCCAGGAGCAUCUGUUGUGGUGACCAGUAGACCACGUCCAUACCUUCCUUUAGAGACCUUCGAUCGAAAAGUCGUUAUCUUAGGCUUUGAGGAAAGCCAAGUGAAGGAGUUUUGUUUCAGGAUCUUUAGAGAAGAAGUAUUAUCAGAGGAAGUUUUUCAGUAUAUUAUGAAAAAUGAUACAAUUUCAGGACUUUGCUUCAUUCCUCUAUAUUGUUUUAUCAUUUGUUCUGUACUAGGUCCUUUCUUUCAGAAGAAAUCGUUGUGCCUCGAGGAGCCUCCAGAGACGAUCACUGAGGUCUACCGUUCCUACCUUUGCACCCUCUUGCAUUUGAGAGACAAUUCAUCAGAAGAGGAGAAUGAAACAGGGGAGCCCAUCGUACUUUGCUGUCCGCCCAUUGCAUCUUCUAUGAAAGAGACCUUUUACCGGCUUGGAAAUCUAGCUUACCGUUGUUUGCUGGAAGGCAAGAUCUUAUUGAGUAAAGCUGAUUUGCAAAAAUUUGGUUUUGACAAUAUCAAAGUGCCAGACACCUUCAUGGACAGAAUACUUGUCCACGUGGAUGGUGAAACCAAGUCUGAAAGGUUUGCCUUCUUCCAUAUGACCAUUCAAGAGUUUUUUGCUGCUCUCUAUUGUGUCAUGUCCAUUGGUUCCUCCCCAGAGGAGCUCUUCCAGUGCCUUGAUCUGUGGUGUUUUGGAUCUUCUCCUGCAAAACCAGUCCCAAGUCAACUCCUGUCCACCACCAUGAAGUCUAUGAUUGCAAAUCGCUGGGAAAACCUACAAAUGUUCACAAGGUUCUUCAUGGGUCUUCUGAGUUAUAGGAUGGAAGGAAAAUUGAAGGGACUGGUAGGCCCUUUCGAAAAUGAGCUUCAGGAACCUUUGGCCAACUGGUUUAUAGAGAAAAUAAGGCAUGAAGUUAACCAGCAACUGCUGAACCUUAUGCACUGCUUGAGGGAACUACAACAAGAGUCCGUUGUGAAAGCGGUUGCACCCAUGAUAGAUGAGGUCAACUUAUUCAAGGUGAUAUUGAAUCGUGCCGACUGUGCCGCCCUGAGCUAUGUGCUGCAACACUCCAAUGGCAGACUGAGGACCUUUAACCUUGGCUAUACAAAUAUUGGCAUCCAGGGGUUGAAAAGGCUUCAACCUAUUCUUCAUCGUUGCCAAACACUAUACCUGCGCUAUAACUCGCUGGAUAAAGAGGCCGCGGAGAUCGAGGCGGAUGUGCUGAAGUCACCCUUGUGUCAAGUGAAAAGUCUUCUGAUGUGCGGUAACAGCAUCGGCUCAGAAGGUGUGCGUUGCCUGUGGGAUGCAUUAAGACAUAACCAGACCCUGGAGGAGCUCUAUGUAGACAUAACCGGGAUCACCGACAGCGGAUUGGACAACUUACUGCCCAGUUUGGCCAACAAUAGGACUCUGCGCCUGCUGACGAUUGUGGGAAACAAGCUAAGUGAGCGAGGGAAGGGCGUGCUUCUAGAAUUGCAGAGGCGAUUGCCCAAUCUGAAGAUCCUCAGCAGCUUCAUGGGGGACAUGGGGCUCCUGCAGGCUUACCUGGACUGGGUGCAGGAACUGAGAGAAAACCCCCAGCAGAUGGAGUCUGUGAAACACGCCGACGCCUUUCGCAAUAUUCUGUCCGAGUUGGGGAAGGAGGAUUCCAGGGAAAGGCCCAACGAGGUGAAAGAGAGGGCCAAACAACUGGAGAGAGAGAUACGUCAACUCCUGGAAGCCUGUAAAGAUGUUGGAUGAUGGCGCUAGGAAGGCAAUCGGAUUAAACAUUCUUGUCAAUGGAAUUCAUAGAUGAUCACGCACUUUCAUGAAUGAUUCAAUAGCUUCUACCACAAUAACAACCACACCGUCUUAUUGUUCCGGGGUGUCAGACUCAGAAGCCAAUUAACUGCAACAUAUGCAUACAU